UUCUUUUUCUUUUCUUUUCAAGGGUUUAUUGMWUGCACUCCUAUUUCUACGRGCUCUGGCUACUCGCUCAGGCCUGUUUUAGCUUGUUUUUCGCAUUAUAAGUUUUUGAGAUACCGCUGACCGACAAUUCAAUGGGUACCCAUUUCUUAGCAACAUAUUUGAUUGACAUGGCAAGUGAACUGGCACUCCUAUGUCUUUGAAUUCCAUCACAUCACAAUCAAAUUUGUGCUCAUCUACGAAGAUAAACUAUUUUGUACUCUUGAGCCUAAUCUUCUGAAGAAAACCCCCCAAAACAUAAAAAUUGCAUCUUAGAGUUCUUUCAAGACUUCCACAUACAAUUCAGAAGCGCGAUGGGAAAUUCGAGUUCUAACAAAGGAAAAUCCAAACCUGUUCCUCCACAGCAAAGAAUACAAAGUUUAGAUGGAGUYAAACAAAUUGUUUUAGUUCACCAUUCGUCAACUAAGGAAGACAAAAAACAAGUGAGAUAUUUUAAAGAUGCUCUCSUUCAGUCCGCAYCAGGUGCCAUUAACAUUGCUAAGUCAUUCAACCUGGCCGAGGGAAGCCUCGAUGUAUACGAUGUCACCUGGCUAGACUAUCUCAACAAUGUUGUUCUUAUUCGGCUCACGCCAGAAGGAAUUCGUACUAUCACCGAAGUUGCAAGAAAUAAAAAAUACAUCGAUGAAAAUAAUCAUUUACAUGSGAGAGUGUURUCGGUGGCUUUUGGAAGUGAACKCCCRUCGGGUUGGCCUCCUGUUGGAUCAAGGAGCGAAACCCCUGAUCAAAGAGACUUUUGUCUGGGAAAAGAUAACGAAGACGACGAUUUUGAUGCAACAAAGAUGAACGCUUUGGUUAGUGCUAUCAUGGCGACGAAUUGAACUCAGUUGGAAUCCAUAUAGAAAUUUUGAUAAUAGGACUGGUCUUCGAAGAGCAUAUUAUUGACUUCUUACGCAGUACUAUGGCUUAAACUUUAACUACACGCUAUAUAUUACGUAGAUUGCCACAAUUAUUUUUAUAACGUUUUCAGGUAUUAUUGUACAGUUAUGGCUUUUUUAGAAAAAUUGAUGUUUUUUAAAAUAAUCUCACAUAUCGUAUUCUCUGAUUGGCUUAUUUCAAAAACAAGACGGCCGAUAGCUGGAUGUCACGAUGUUUGCAAAAUUAAUGCCGUAAAUAUUUUAAAUGUUUUGUAGGUUUUUUUAAACGGUUUGUAGGUUUUUGCCGUUAAUAAGCAGUCUAGAACAGUCAGAAUUUGAAAUCUUUAAGUAUGUUUUCAUAUGGUUUUGAAGGGAUUUUUAACCAAGGAUAAAACACUUGACUGCAAACGCUAAAACYAUGAAAAACUCUAAUAUUGAUCAAAUAGUGCUAAAUUGUACAGAAUUAAGGGARUUUUGGUUUUCUAUUUUCUAAUCUGSCACUAUAUUGCGCUAUUUAGCGCUAUUUGGUUGUACGUUUUCACGGUUUUAGUGUUUGCACUCUUUUAUAUUUAAAAUGCUAUUUAAAGAUUUGCAUUAAUUGUUUAAUGUUCAUAAUUUUUAUAGAAAAUCGGCAAUAAUAAUAAARMAAAUCUCAACCGGAA